ACCACAAACUCAACGAUAUCUCCUAGUUUGUUGGAAACUGUGGGAGGUACCGAAGCCCCCCUGCCAACCGCAGAGCCGUCACCUCAAAUUGUGAAUUUCGAGCCCAUCACCACAAACUCAACGAUAUCUCCUAGUUUGCUGGAAACGGUGGGAGGUACCGAAGCCCCGCUGCCAACUGCCGAGCCGUCACCUCAAAUUGUGAGUUUCGAGCCCACCGCCACAAACUCAACUAUUCUGCCAAGUUUGCUGGAAACGGUGGGAGGUACCGAAGCCCCCCUGCCAACGGCCCAGCCGUCAUCUCAAGUGGAGAGUGUAGCGCCCUUUAGUACUACGAACUCAACCAUUCCGCCUAGUUUGCUGGAACCAGUGGGCGGUGGUCAGCUACCCACUGCUACUCCUUCGACUUUCCCAGCGCCAACUCCCCAUCCAACCAUGCCCCGUCGCACCCUCUCUCCUACUACACUUGGUGUUGUAGAUCCAAGCAUGGAAGACGAGGGGAGUUGACAUCCUACCCAAUCACGACCGCGAAGGUCAAACAAAGUUGUUUCGCGCUGGCAACUUUUUGAAUCUAAGCAUCAAACGGAUUCAGUAUCUGUUUCUGUGUUUGUUAGUUUUCGAUUACUGCUUCGCUUUCACGGAGGCCUGAAUCGUGUUUGCCGUACUGAUGGCAUCCUCAUACCUAUCCCUGGCAAUGCAACUGCCUUGAAUGCCUCUACAAAGGUUCAGUUCUAAAGAGAAAGAAGAAGAAGGACGGAUUGCGCACCAGAGAAUGACUCGACGGGCAAAACGUCAAUUUUCGUUGUAGUGCAUUUAAUUCAAAUUGGUGACUCGAAUUCCACUGGAUUAUCGAAAACAAGCGGUAGUUUUUGUCGACGAAAUAUAGUUCGAAAGGUAGAUUCGGAUUCGGGUGUUUUUCUCUAGACUACAAACAAUCUAAGCCACAACAGUUGAGAAUGUUUGAUUACAAAUCACCAUGGAUCGAGCCAAUCAAUAGAUACCCAUCAACCUUUAUAUUCUAUGUUAAUCUGUGAUAUCAAGUGCCUUGUAUCCUGCUUCUGGGUUUUUGGAUCUCUAGUAUGCCGGUCACUUUAUGCUUGCAUUAAGGAAAUCAAAAUCUAUUUUGGUGUUGUUUGCAUUUGGUGAACGAUGCUCAAUAACAAUACCGAAAAGGCGUCACAGCUUUGCCGCAGCACUUGGCAUAGAAGCUCAUUGUUCUUUUUCUUCUGUUGGGUCCACCAGAAUCAAGUUCGGUACGGAGACUUGUGAAAAUGUAUGUUGACCCACCCUCUAUCUUCUCGUUUUUCCCAAACCCGUGUCUCGCUUUGUUGCAUUGUUACCGGUGCCUUGCCGGGUGCCGUUUGUUGCGUCAGUUUGACGUACGAAAGAACGGCCCCUGUUGCCGCCGUGCCGAUCCAUUGAACAUGCGGCCGCACCAUGGUCACGUUGGUGUGGGUCUUUGUGUUCAUUCCGGAAACCGACACCUCUCCUUUGUUACAACUGCCCCCAAAUACGUCGAAAUAGUACUUGUGAAAUCCCUUUCCGACCACAACGUUCUGGUUCGAUUCUGGUUCCAUGCAUGACAUGUCAUCGGCACACAACCGAUCGUAGGUUUCGUAAUCCAGGUUGACAAUCGAAUCAAGAAGCUCUUGGUUCAGAGCAAUGAGCUCGGCCCUAUUCGAUUCGACACCGGUAGUAGCUUGGAGGUCUGACAUGGUGUUGGUAUGAGACCGAAGGUGCCGCCAAUUGAGUUCCUUUUGUUUCCUUCCGUUCUGAAAUUUUAUAGUAUUGGGUGAUUUCCGUAAACAUUGAUUUUCAGAAAAUUGAAUUGAAUUAGAUUCCAGAUGUGCAGACAUAGAAGUAUGUAGUAUUUAAGACACAAAUACAUAGAUUUCUGGUUC